AUGCAGGUGUGGGUGGACUACGACGGCCAGUCCAAGCGGCUCGACGUGACAAUAGCCCCCGUGCAGGUGCCCAAGCCCAGCAAGCCUCUGCUCUCCGAGGCCAUCGACCUCUCCACGCUCAUGGCGGACGCCAUGUACGUCGGCUUCUCGGCGUCGUCGGGAGUCAUCUCGGGGCAUCACUACCUGCUCGGAUGGAGCUUCAGCUUGGACGGGCCUGCCCCGCCGCUUGACUUCUCCAAGCUUCCUGCUCUGCCACGCCUGGGACCCAAGCCUCGGUCCAAGGUACUGGACAUCGUGUUGCCGCUGGCCAGCGCGUUGCUCGUCGCGGUGGCGCUGGCCGCGGUCUUCUUCUUUCUGUGGCGCCGGCGCCGGUUCGCCGAGGUGCGCGAAGGCUGGGAAGACGAGUUCGGCCCCCACCGAUACGCAUACAAGGAUCUGCAUCGUGCCACGGAUGGGUUCAGGGAAAAAAACUUGCUCGGCGUCGGAGGCUUCGGGAGGGUGUACAAAGGCCUGAUAUCCGAGUCCAAUUUGGAGAUUGCGGUGAAGAGGGUGUCGCAUGAAUCAAGGCAAGGACUGCGCGAGUUCGUCGCCGAGGUGGCGAGCAUUGGCCGUCUCCGGCACCGGAAUCUCGUGCAGCUAUUGGGCUACUGCCGGCGCAAGGACGAGCUUAUCUUGGUGUAUGACUACAUGUCAAAUGGCAGCCUUGACAAGUACUUGCACGAUCCAAGCCUGCCCGCCGUAUCUUGGCCUGAAAGGUUCUCAAUCAUCAAAGGGGUCGCGUCAGGCGUGCUGUAUCUCCACGAGGAUUGGGAGAAGGUUGUCAUCCACAGAGAUAUCAAGGCGAGCAAUGUGCUCUUGGAUGAACAGAUGAAUGGAUGCCUCGGGGAUUUCGGCCUCGCAAGGUUAUACGACCAUGGAACCGUUGCUCAAACAACCCAUGUUGUUGGCACCAUGGGAUACCUUGCACCGGAGCUUGUGCGCACCGGGAAGGCAACACCCUUAACCGAUGUGUUCGCAUUCGGUGUGUUCCUCCUUGAGGUUGCGUGUGGACGACGACCCAUCGAGCGCGGCGAGCGAAACAACCCUGUGGUGAUGAUUGAUUGGGUGCUUGAGCGCCACCGCAGUGGACACUUACUCGAGGCAGUGGAUCCACGACUAACAGAAAAGUUUGACACACAGGAGGUUACCCUCGUGCUACAACUAGGUUUGUUGUGCUCGCACCCAUUGCCUGAUGCAAGGCCUAGUAUGCGCAAGGUUAUGCAAUACCUAGAUCGUGGGCAGUCGGUUCCUGACUUGUCGCCGACUUACAUGAGCUACAGUAUGUUGGCGCUGAUGGAGAAUGAAGGCUUCGAUUCGUACGUUAUGUCGUACCCUCCAUCGGCGACUAGCAAUUCUACGGUGUCUUAUGGGUCUUCGGCGUCCGUUCUCGCCGAGGGCAGAUGA